UGGAAAACAAUGGAGCUGCCGCACCUUCGCGCUUAGGGACGCCGGACAGACGCUCGGAAGAAAUCCCGGCUCCAAAAUAGCGCCUGGGCCAGAGCCACCGCUGCACCGGCUCGCGGGAGCCGUCCGCCGAGCACCGUCGGUCGAGCGAAGGAUCUGCCAGGACAGGCUCCCAUGAAAGAAGAGCGGGAAGGAUGGAUUACGGCGGCUGCGAGUACCUGGUCCCCUGCGGAAAAGACAAAUACAUCUCCAAGAAUGAGCUGCUCUUACACUUGAAGACGUACAACAUCUACUACGAAGGGCAAAAUUUGCAGCUGCGGCACCGGGAGGAGGAAGGCGAGCUCAUCGUGGAGGGGCUGCUGAACAUCUCCUGGGGCUUGCGGCGACCCAUCCGCCUGCAGAUGCAGGACGACAACCAGCGCAUCCGCCCUCCGCCCUCCUCCUCCUCCUGGCACUCGGGCUGCAACCUGGGAGCCCACGGGUCCGUGCUGAAGCCCAGCACCUUGCCGGACAUCCAGGUUACGGAUGCGGAGGCCACGGCAAACACGGAGGCUCCCGGGAGCGGCACAGCCGCCAAGUUGCAGCCGGAGGAGACGCCGCAGCUGAUGCGGACGCGGAGCGACGUGGGCGUACGGCGCCGGGGCAGCGCCCGCACCCCCAGCGAGCAGCGGCGCAUCCGCCGUCACCGCUUCUCCAUCAACGGGCACUUCUACAACCAUAAGACGUCCGUGUUCACGCCGGCGUACGGCUCCGUCACCAACGUCCGGAUAAACAGCACGAUGACGACACCCCAGGUCCUCAAACUGCUGCUCAAUAAGUUCAAGAUUGAAAACUCGGCGGAGGAGUUUGCGCUGUACAUCGUCCACACCAGCGGAGAGAAGCAGAAGCUGCGAGCCAGCGAUUACCCCCUGAUCGCCCGCAUCCUGCAGGGCCCCUGCGAGCAGGUCUCCAAGGUCUUCCUCAUGGAGAAGGACCAAGUGGAAGAAGUCACCUACGACGUUGCUCAGUACAUCAAAUUCGAGAUGCCCGUCCUCAGGAGCUUCAUCCAGAAGCUGGAGGAAGAGGAGGAUCGCGAAGUGAAGAAGCUAAUGCGCAAGUACUCCAUCCUCCGGCUGAUGAUCGAGCAAAGGCUGGAGGAGAUUUCCGAAGGUCCAACGGCGAUGUGAAACACUUCGCCGGCGCCCCGGCUCCGGGUUGCAUCGCACAAAGAGCCGUUUGCCCGCAGGACGUACUGUACCAAAUCCCAAACCCCCGUCGUUCCCGGAGCGCUCCCGGUGUCCGGCCGGAUCGCUCUGGCUCUGAGCCGACCCAUCCUCCUGCCCGCGCCUUCAUCUGCGCAGCAUCCUCGGGGCGUUCCUCCUCUGCAAAUGGGGUUUUUCCCAGCAAGGCUCUGGCCGGUGGCAGCUUCAGCCAAAAACCUCAAAUCCCUGGAAAUAACAGGGAACGAGGGUGGAAAAAAAAGAGGAAAUCCGUGAGCAGGGCAAAGCCGCCGAGGACGGGGCCGAGCGAGGGCUGGAAGUGUUUGCGAGCGAGGAUUUUGGGCUCGGUUUGAAGACGCUCGCUUCGGCGGUGCCCACCCGUGGCUCCCGGCGAAGGACCCGCUGCUCGGCGGCAAGAGAGCACAAAUAAUUCCUCGUUUUGAAAAAAAACAAAGCAGCACAUUUCUAGCGCAAUAAUUCGCAGGUGACGGGAAGCUUUUGUAAAUCGAAAGGGUCGGCUGAGAAUUGGGGGGGGUUUUAACACUUCCGCUGCCGAAAGCAAACCUGGGGACUGACGGUUGGAUUGACAGCAAAAGAGUAAAUUGCAUUUUUCCGGCGCGUUCCCUUAACCUGCAUCUGGUCGCGUAACCCCCUCCUUCCCCCAUUUCUAAUUUGCACUAAUUUUAGGGAUUUAAAAAAAAAAAAAAACCACGAUGUCCAACCUCUCUGGUAGCCGUAAGAUGCCAAAUAGCGCUCGCAGGAAUAGUUGACGGCGCUGAGCAUCUCUCGAGGGAUGCUGUACGGAAAGCGAGGCGGGGUGGCAGGAGGAGGGGGAGGCAGAAAUAAAGAGGGGUUUAUUUUGCAAAUUGGUUUUGCAGCGGUGCCGGCACAUCGUCCCGGUGAAACCGGGACCGGGACUGGCUCCGUUACCACCACCAUCGCACCUGGAAAAACCUCCUUCCUCCCGGGCUAAACCAGCAAUAUCAAUUUUAUACCUCGAUGUGAACUAAACCUCUGACUUUCUCCCUCUGUUGAGUUUUUGCAAUGUAUCUUUGUAAUUUUUUUUAUUUUAAUGGUACCUUUUCCACCUUUAACACGUGUUAGGGAAAGUAUUGUACAGCGAGAAAAGCUUUUUAUGUAUUUGAAGGAUGACUGUGGCAUUGCUUCAUUGAUUAACAAGAAAAGAAAACAUGUAGCAACUUAAUACAGAAUGAAACCCCCUGAGUUAGAGCCUAGUUUGUUCAAACUAAAGCACUUUGCGGAUAGA